AUGGCGGUAGUAAACGAGGGAAUAUUUACGGAGAAAGAAAUUGAAGCUCCAGAAAGAUCAAUUCAUAAUACACUAAACAACAAUGGAAUAGACAACAACAUGAUCGGGUCAGAUGAUGCCACAGUUGUUAUAGCUAAAACUCCAGCAAGAAGUGAAGUUCCUUGUGAAGUUCCUUGUGAAGUUCCUUGUGAAGUUCCUUGUGAAGUUUCCAACGAGAUUAUUAAUGCAAAAGCUGCUCCCGAGGACGGGAAAGGAGAAUCUGCUGUUCUGAACGGUGACUCAGAUACGAGUGAGUUUAUUACAGAAACAGAUAUAAAGGCACUCGUGGUAAAAGUUGAACCGAGUGUAGAAGUAGCCGAAUCAAGUUCAUCAAUUGCUGAAUCACCUGAAGCAGUAGCUGAAUCACCUGAAGCAGUAGCUGAAUCAUCUGAGGCAGUUACUGAAUCACCUGAAGCAGUAGCUGAAUCACCUGAAGCAGUUACCGAAUCACCUGAAGUAGUAGCUGAAUCACCUGAAGCAGUAGCUGAAUCGCCUGAGGCAGUAGCUGAAUCACCUGAAGCAGUAGCUGAAUCACCUGAGGCAGUAGCUGAAUCACCUGAAGCAGUAGCUGAAUCACCUGAAGCAGUAGCUGAAUCACCUGAAGCAGUUACUGAAUCACCUGAAGCAGUAGCUGAAUCACCUGAAGCAGUAGCUGAAUCACCUAAAGCAGUUACUGAAUCACCUGAAGCAGUAGCUGAAUCACCUGAAGCAGUAGCUGAAUCACCUGAAGCAGUUACUGAAUCACCUGAAGCAGUAGCUGAAUUACUUGAGGCAGUAGCUGAAUCACCUGAAGCAGUAGCUGAAUCACCUGAGGCAGUAGCUGAAUCACCUAAAGCAGUUACUGAAUCACCUGAAGCAGUAGCUGAAUCACCUGAAGCAGUAGCUGAAUCACCUGAAGCAGUUACUGAAUCACCUGAAGCAGUAGCUGAAUCACCUGAAGCAGUUACCGAAUCACCUGAAGAAGUAGCUGAAUCACUUGAGGCAGUAGCUGAAUCACAUGAAGCAGUUACUGAAUCACCUGAAGCAGUAGCUGAAUCACCUGAGGCAGUAGCUGAAUCACCUGAAGCAGUUACUGAAUCACCUGAAGCAGUAGCUGAAUCACCUGAAGCAGUAGCUGAAUCACCUGAAGCAGUAGCUGAAUCACCUGAAGCAGUAGCUGAAUCACCUGAAGCAGUUACCGAAUCACCUGAAGAAGUAGCUGAAUCACUUGAGGCAGUAGCUGAAUCACAUGAAGCAGUUACUGAAUCACCUGAAGCAGUAGCUGAAUCACCUGAGGCAGUAGCUGAAUCACCUGAAGCAGUUACUGAAUCACCUGAAGCAGUAGCUGAAUCACCUGAAGCAGUUAUCGAAUCACCUGAAGCAGUAUCUGAAUCACCUGAGGCAGUAGCUGAAUCACCUGAAGCAGUUCCUGAAUCACGUGAAGCAGUAGCUGAAUCGCGUGAAGCAGUAGCUGAAUCACCUGAAGCAGUAGCUGAAUCACCUGAAGCAGUAGCUGAAUCACCUGAAGCAGUAGCUGAAUCACCUGAAGCAGUAGCUGAAUCGCGUGAAGCAGUAGCUGAAUCACCUGAAGCAGUAGCUGAAUCACCUGAAGCAGUAGCUGAAUCGCGUGAAGCAGUAGCUGAAUCACCUGAAGCAGUAGCUGAAUCACCUGAAGCAGUAGCUGAAUCACCUGAGGCAGUAGCUGAAUCACCUGAAGCAGUUACUGAAUCACCUGAAGCAGUAGCUGAAUCACCUGAAGCAGUAGCUGAAUCACCUGAGGCAGUUACUGAAUCACCUGGAGCAGUAGCUGAAUCACCUGUAGCAGUUACUGAAUCACCUGAGGCAGUAGCUGAAUCACCUGAAGCAGUUACUGAAUCACCUGAAGCAGUUACUGAAUCACCUGAAGCAGUUACUGAAUCACCUGAAGCAGUUACUGAAUCACCUGAAGCAGUAGCUGAAUCACCUGUAGCAGUUACUGAAUCACCUGAGGCAGUAGCUGAAUCACCUGAAGCAGUAGCUGAAUCACCUGAAGCAGUUAUCGAAUCACCUGAAGCAGUACCUGAAUCACCUGAAGCAGUUACUGAAUCACCUGAAGCAGUAGCUGAAUCACUUGAGGCAGUAGCUGAAACACAUGAGGUAGUAGCUGAAUCACCUGAGGCAGUAGCUGAAUUAUCUGAAGCAGUUACUGAAUCACCUGAAGCAGUUACUGAAUCACCUGAAGCAGUAGCUGAAUCACUUGAGGCAGUAGCUGAAACACCUGAAGCAGUUACUGAAUCACCUGAAGCAGUUACUGAAUCACCUGAAGCAGUAGCUGAAUCACCUGAGGCAGUAGCUGAAUCACCUGAGGCAGUAGCUGAAUCAUCUGAAGCAGUAGCUGAAUUAUCUCAAGAUAGCAUUUGCCUUCCAGAUAGCACUAAUCUAGCACCCGAGAUCGUUUCAGAUCAGCAAAAACCCGCUAUCAGCCAAGUCCAGAAUCUAAACGAGAAUUUACUCAUCAAAAAUGAUCUUCUCGGCUCGUUGAAUCUGAUAGAUGCUGCUCCCGCUCCCCUCCUGCCUGGUACAGACUGGGACCAGGGGAGCAGUGUGGAUCUCGGAGAGAGUGAAGGAGAAAGUGAAAGUGAAAGUGAACUUAAUGACGAAGUGAAAUGUUGUCCUCAUGCCCACCAGUUUGUUAACGAUCUCUCUGAAGAAGCUAGCUCAGCAGGAGAAGCCCAGGACAUCAAAGAGCUGAGGAAAGAACGGAGACAGAAAAAAAGUAGGAAAAGAAAACAAAGACUCAAAAAAUGUUGUUCAGGUUGUGAUGGUCAGGAGAGUGUUGAACCUCUGACAUCUGAGUUACCCUCACCUAUUGGUCUUAGUACCGGAAUGCUGCAAUGUAACGUCAUCAAAUCAUUUGAAGAGGUUGUUUCCACGCGUUAUAACUCCGAGGAGGAGAUAGAUGCAGCGAUUAACUCGUACAGUACUGUUGGGGGACGGUUAGCCCAUCAGAACGAGCAGACCUUCAGUGACGUGGAUAUAGCGGGCUAUAAGUCGCGAAGUGAUUGCGGGAGUCCUGCAUCAGAUCCUGACCUCUUGGUUUGUGAUUACUCAAACUCCGUGGGCAGAAAACUGGCUAAUAGGAAUUUGAAUAAUCAAAAUGACAACCUGGACGAAUGUAUUGGUGGUUUCCUUCUGGAUACUCUGAAUCAGAAUUUGGAUCCUACCAGUAGACUCUUUGCGAUGGAGGUUGAAGAGUUGAAUACCAUGGUCAAAGGAUUACACCUCAAAUUACAAAAUGUUAGCGAGGAUUUAGUCAACGUGGUUACAGAAAAUGACGACCUAAAAGCUCAGAAAUCUGUCAUAACGAAACACGUGACUCAAUUAUCUCGGCUAGCCCAGGGUUUCAGAGCAAACGACAAUUCAGCCUUCCGGAAGAUCUUAGUCACCAGAGAAACUGACAUCUAGGGACUUAUUGAUGUCAAAAAUCAUAACUUUUUAUUGUUUUAUUUCGCUAGUAUAUUAUUCGCAGUGAGGGAGCGUUCAGAUAUUACGUCAGCAGGUUUUUGGCCAUUUUUACCCC